AUUUCUUCCUUUUGAGUUUCAUAGCCAUUAUUUGGUACUGAUUGAACAAUGAAACAACAGCACAUAAUAAACACACAAUAAUUCUAUAAGAUAACGACACACUAAUAUUGAAGGUCAUGAUCCAAAAAUGUGGCAACGCAAGCAUAAUUUAGUAAAUAUGAAGGGCAAGUGGUAAAGUAGUUCAAGAAGCUUAAAUGUUUUUAACUGCAACCACAUGAAUAUGGUGACUUUAUAUAUCACCACCCAAUCCUUGACCGAAUCAACAUAUGAAACCUGUUCACUUUUUAGAUAAAGAACAUAAGGUAAAGAAGUCAUGUCAGUGAAACUCACCAAGUCUAAACAACAAAUGUCUCAAACUCAAAGCAACUUCCCCACCAAGACAAGAUCCAAAACCACCUCUCUUUGCCUGCAAGGCUCCUCCUCUACUCCAAACAAAGAGAAAAUUUAUAAACCUAGCAACAUUUCCACAAGAGAUGCUGAAGAAAUGGUUGCAUAUACUCCUUUAGAAAUCGGCACCAGAGGCACAGUCGGCUCCCUCGUAAUGAAAGAAAUUGAGUACUUCAGUCAGCUUGAAUUGGGCAGCCAAGGUAAUUCAAAGAAGACUCUGUCUCACGUUGCAGACAUUAGUUGCUCAUAUAGUCAUUCCAGACCCACGUUUGGAUCAGCAUUAGCAACCCAAAAGAAGAAAAAGAGAGGCAGCAGACACCUUCCAAGCAUGUGUUCUACUAUAGAAGUUUCAGACAUCAAUCAGCCAACUGGGACUUACACUUUCAGUUACAGGAACCUGAAAUCAGAUGUGGAGAAGUUGCAGGCUUAA